UGGAUCGACACCGUGAUAAUAGUUGUACUCGCGGUCGGAGCCUACUGGUGGUUUUUCUUGCGCAGAAAAGAUGAUUCGGACUUCGACGCUACAGCGAUCAAGAGCUUCUCAAUUGAGGGCUCAAUGAAUCGCGAGCGGAGCUCCGGAGGUUUCAUCGCGAAGAUGAAGAGCCAGGGACGAAAUGUCGUAGUCUUCCACGGCUCGCAGACAGGGACUGCCGAGGAAUUCGCGGCCCGUCUGGCCAAAGAGGCCGCGCGCUACGGUCUCAAAGCCAUGGUAGCCGAUCCCGAAGAAUGCGAAAUGGAAGAACUGACGGAGCUUUCCUCGAUCGAAAACCAUCUCGCUGUUUUCUGCAUGGCCACAUACGGUGAAGGCGAUCCCACCGACAACUGUCAAGAGUUCUAUCAGUGGCUCCAAGAUGGUUCGGUAAAUCUGCCGGGACUCAACUAUGCUGUAUUCGCCUUGGGCAAUAAAACAUACGAGCACUACAACGCGAUGGGAAGAUACGUUGACUCACGUCUCAAGGAUCUCGGAGCGAGACAAGUUUUCCCACUCGGAGAAGGCGAUGACAAUGCGAACAUUGAAGAAGACUUCAUCACGUGGAAAGACAGUUUCUGGGCUUCCGUCUGCGAGACAUUCAGUUUGGAAGUUUCCGCUACGGACUGGAACAUGCGCCAGUAUCAACUCACCGUCCACGAGAAAGAUUCACUCCCCGAGGAGAAGAUCUUCAAAGGCGAAAUCGCGCGCCUCACUCAAUUCACCAAGCAGAGACCACCGUUCGAUGUGAAGAAUCCAUACCUCGCCGAAAUGGUGGAGAAGCGCGAACUCUACAAGGGAGAGAGGUCCUGCCUUCACCUCGAGUUCAAUAUCAAAGACUCGAAGAUGCGUUACGAAACCGGAGAUCACAUGGCUCUGUAUCCAUCGAACGAGUCGGAGAUCGUCGAGAAACUCGGCAGCCUGCUCGGUGCGGAUCUCGAUCAGGUCAUCACGCUGAAGAACACCGACGAAGACAGCUCAAAGAGAAAUCCUUUCCCGUGCCCGACUUCUUACAGAACAGCGUUGACGAGCUAUGUCGACGUCUGCACGCCGCCCAGAACCCACAUCCUCAAGGAGCUCUCUGAAUCUUGUAGCGACGAUGCUGACAAAGCUAAGCUUAAGCUGUUGUCCUCCACAAGUCCCGAGGGCAAGGCUGAAUACAAAAAAUGGGUCCAGGACGACUGCCGCUCGAUUGUCCACAUUUUAGAGGAUCUCCCAUCUUGCAAACCACCACUCGACCUCAUGCUGGAGUUCAUGCCCAGACUCCAACCUCGCUACUAUUCCAUUGCGUCCUCCUCCAAAGUGGACUCAGACCGAGUGCAUGUCACCGCUGUCACGGUUGACUACGAUACCCCGACGGGUCGCCACAUAAGAGGUGUCGCCACGGGACAGUUAACCAGAGUACCGAUCGGGACCUGUCUACCCGUUUUUGUGCGAAGGUCCCAAUUCAAACUACCCACUCGACCCACGGUUCCAAUCAUCAUGGUGGGCCCAGGCACCGGCCUAGCGCCAUUCCGCGGAUUCCUUCAAGAACGCCACCACCAACGCUUAGUGGAGAAUAAAGCCGUCGGGGAGAGUCAUCUUUUCUACGGAUGCCGGAAGAGCUCCGAAGACUUCCUCUACCGAGAGGAGCUCGAGGGCUACGUGGCUGAGGGCACGUGUAAACUUUACACUGCGUUCAGUCGAGAGCAGGCCGAAAAGGUCUACGUCACUCACCUCCUCAAGGAACGGAUGGAUCUGGUCUGGAGCAUCAUUGGCGAGCAGUACGGCCAUUUCUACGUGUGCGGAGACGCCAGAACGAUGGCUCGAGACGUCCACAGCAUCGUGAUGAGCACGUUGCAGGAGAAGGGCAACAUGACCGCGACGGACGCGGAGAAGUACUUGAAGAAAAUGGAGUCUCAGAGGAGAUAUUGCACCGACGUCUGGAGCUAG